GCGCGCCUCAUUCCUCAAUCCUCACCCGCUCUCAAACACACACACACACACAGAGACAAUGGGGCAGAAAUUUCAAAGCUUUUUCUCAUUUUCUUUUGCUGUUUUGCUUAUCAUUUCUUGCCUUCAUGACCGAAACAAUGCCGAAGCUGAGGAGUUGAGAAACUUAGUUUCGGAUGGAUGUGAUUUGUACGAGGGGAGUUGGAUUUAUGAUCAUUCUUAUCCUCUGUACCGCUCAGCAGCCUGCUCGUUCAUCGAGAAGGAAUUUGAUUGCAGGAAAAAUGGACGGCCUGAUGACGUUUAUCUCAAAUAUAGAUGGAAGCCUCGCGGUUGUGCAUUGCCAAGAUUCAAUGGUCUGGAUUUCUUGAGAAGGUUAAAGGGGAAGAAGAUAUUAUUCGUAGGGGACUCUCUAAGCCUCAACCAAUGGCAAUCUCUCACAUGCAUGCUACAUGUGUCAGUACCCAAAACAAACUUCACUCUCAACAGAAAAGGCGGUCUCUCCACGUUUACUUUCCAGGAGCAUGGAGUUUCGUUGAUGUAUUCUCGCAAUGCAUUUCUAGUUGAUCUAGUACAAGAAAAGAUUGGGACGGUUCUAAAGCUUGACUCCAUUGGCAAUGGACAUGAAUGGAAAGGAUAUGACAUGCUCAUCUUCAACACCUGGCACUGGUGGCUCCAUAAAGGACACAAACAACCAUGGGACUACGUUGAAGAAGGAGGCAUGAUACGGAAAGAUAUGAAUCGUUUGGUUGCUUUUUCAAAGGCACUAACAACUUGGACAAAGUGGGUGGAAUCUAACGUUGAUCCUAAGGUCACCAAAGUCUUCUUUCAAGGAAUUUCUCCCACCCAUUACGCCGGCGAAGACUGGAAUGAGUCAAAUUCUACAACCUGCAGUGGAGAAACACAACCGUUGAGUGGUUCAAGGUAUCCAGGGGGUUCGCCGGCGGCGAGAGAUGUGUUAAAGCAUGUGUUGAGAAAAGUUUCAGGUGCUGUGACAUUGCUGGACGUGACUACAUUAUCGCAAAUGAGAAAAGAUGGACACCCUUCUAUUUAUGGGUUCGAAGGCAAAAGGGGAAACGAUUGCAGCCACUGGUGUCUUCCUGGUGUCCCUGAUACGUGGAAUCAACUCCUAUACGCAAUUCUUGUUAGACAAGGAGGUUCAAGAAAUUAAAACCAAUCUUGUAUACAUUUCUUGUCUUUCUAUGUGGUUUGAAUUUGAUUGGUGGUUUAAAUAGGCAUUCAGAAUCAUAGAAAACAAAUGUAUUAUAUGUUGGAACGUGGCUUUGUACGUGGGAGUAUUUAUCCAUUUGCAGUACAAAAGAGUUGGGAUUUUCCCAAUAUUUGAUUUU